AUGGGAAGACGCCGUACGGAAGUUCUUAUUGAUGAAGGCUCAAGCUUGCAUGAAUGGGUUAAGAGUGACUUCCCCUACAAGAUGGAUCCCAUAGUUGAACAUGCUUUGGAUAGGUGCACACCAUCAGCCGUGCCAAAGCAUUACCACAAAAUAUGGACAGAUCAAAGGCGGUCCCCUUCCAGCUCCAAUAUAUUAUCUAAUGAUGAAGAGGACGGCAGUUACAGGCGGAGAUCGAGAACUCCCCUAAGCGAGACCUUCUCUUAUGAAGACGAGCAUUGUCAUAGACGGAGACACAAGGGCCCAUCUAGUAAGGGCCUAGGUAAUGAUGCCAUGAAUAAAGCUUUGGAUCAGAUCUCUAAGUCACCCUUCACACACAAGAUAGAAGGGGCCAGGCUACCUCGACGUUUCCAUCAACCUACAUUCACCAUUUAUAAUGGCCGAAUGGACCUCGUAGAGCAUGUGAGCCAGUUUAAUCAAAGAAUGGCCAUCCACUCUCAGAAUGAAGCUUUGAUGUGCAAGGUUUUCCCAUCCAGCCUAGGACUCGUAGUGAUAAGGUGGUUCAACAGCUUGAAAACGGACUCCAUAGAUUCCUACAGGCAGCUCACCCAAGCCUUUAGCUCUCGUUUCAUUACGAACAGCAGGGCUCCUCUGCCUCUAACUUCGUUGUUGUCAUUAUCCAUGGCGUCUGUCAACUUAUGGAUCGGAUUGACAAAUACAAAAGAGUGGAAGAGGACCAACUGCAAGGGAAAGGAAAGGAGAAGAUCAUCCUCCCAAAAGAGGAAUGAUUUCAGGUUGGAACGAUACAACAAUAACCAUUCGAGGAGAGAUUUCGCAGGGCAAUCAGGAUCAGUCAGCACGCAGACGGUUAACGCCGUAUUCAGAGAACCGGUACACCAAGUUUUAGAGAAAGUCAAGAAUGAGCCAUUCUUCAAGUGGCCAAAUAAGAUGGAUGGAGACUCCAUAAAGCGCAAUCAGAGUCUGUAUUGUCAAUACCACCAGGACCACGAACAUACUAUAGAAGACUGUAGGAACCUUUGGAACCACUUGGAUCAGUUGGUUCGAGAAGAGAAACUCAGGCACCUUUUGCAUCCUUCCAGUGGUCAUCCAGGCCAGACAAACCAAGAGCCCCAGAGAAAUAUAUCUUUAAGACCUCCCAUGGGCACGAUAAAUGUCAUCCUUGCUACUCCAGGAAGGACCGACUCUUAUCCUUCCAGAAUAAUGUCUGUGGCUCGGCUCUCCACCGAGGACAACGAUCGAGAGUCCAAAAAGGCCAGGAAAGAAGCCUCGCCUGUGCUGGGAUUCUUGGAUGAGGAUAAGAUCAAAACCAUCCAACCCCACAACGAUGCUCUGCUAGUUACACUCAGGAUUAGGGGGUUUGAUGUGAAGAGAGUACUGGUAGAUCAGGGCAGUGCUGUGGAAGUAAUGUACCUAGACCUGUACAGGGGGUUGAAUUUAAAACUUGAAGACCUAACGGCGCACGAUUCCCCUUUAGUAAGUUUCGAGGGGAAGACUAUUACACCAAGGGGCUAG